GGGUCAUAGUCCCCAUUAAUAAAAUAAAGGCGGUUGUGGUGGACUUCUAGUCCACACUGAAGAAGGACAAGUCGUGGACCAAAGCCUUUAUAUGGAGGAUUAAACCCUACCUCCAACCAACAAAGUGUAGAUUGUUUUCUUGAAACCCUUCGCAGGUUUUCUCUUUCAACGUUAAUCAGGGUAUGAUUUAUAUGUAUAUAGUUUAUGUCAAACUGUUUCAACGCUUAUGCCUUUUCCAUGUUUUGUUCCUUCGUUUGCAUUAGUUCAAUCUCUAUUGAUAUGUGAGAUUAAGAUGGGUUUGGAUCUUUUUAACUUCUUUUUCCAAAGAACAUGUUACAUGUGCUCUUUCUUCUUUGUGAUUUCACUUUCCAGGAUUUUAUUUUUCAAUGGCGACGUCGAAGGAUGACCCUCUUGAUCAAAGGGAAGAUCCAAGACUCUGCUUCUUGGAGAACACCAACAGGAAGGUAAUUGAUGGCAAUUCCCAACGCCUCAGCGCAUACCAUCCUCCCCAUCAAGGCGUUUCAAGUCCUGGCAACAACCUGCCCGGUGGCGCUUCGAGCUCUGGUCACAGUAGAGGACUUCGGACUUGGAGUCGUGUUCGCGGAAUUCUGAAUGGUACACACCACGCUGGUGAAUCUUCUCGAGCCUCUAACCCUGCUUUAGCAGCGGCAAUGUCAAGCAGAGAGUCGAUAGAAUCCACUCGUAUUGUCAGUGGACAACAUCCUUUAGGAUUAAAGCAUGGUUCUGCUGAUGAAGUUAGGACCUCCCAAACUGAAAACUUAGCAAACUCUUCAGUAGUUAAGCCCACGGGAUUCAAUAAAGUAAAAAGUCGCUCAGGUCAUGCUCAACAGCAUCAAUACAAUAAGACAGAGAGGAACCAUGAUCCUGCACCCUUGGUUAACAAGAGUGGAUCCAAUAGAACUCCAGUAUCUAGGCUGUCUAAGCAGCAAGAAGAAACAACAGAACCUCCCAAAAAUCACUCAAGUUCGUUCAGGAGUGUAACUAGUAGAAUUCCGGUGUCAACGCAGCGUAGACUGAUGGGUACAACCCAACCUCUCAAAGAUCCCGCAGAAUCAGCCAAAACGAGUACAAUUAGUAGAAUUCGGGCGUCGAUGCGUUUUGUGAAGAAGGAAAGAACCCAACCUCCCAAAAAUCCUACAGAUUUGGUCGAGAAUGGUGGAAUAGGUACAAUUCUGGCAUCAAAGCAUGCAAUGCAGAAAAAGGAAACAGCCCAACCUCCCAAAGAUCCUGCAAGAUUGGUCAGGAAUAUUGGAACCGUUAGAAUUCCAGUAUCAAUUGAUGGUAAUAUUGGAACUAGUAGACUUCCGGUAUCAAUGCAUAGGAUGCAGAAAAAGGAAACGACCCAAUCUCCCAAAGACUCCGCAGCGUUGGUUAAGAAGAAUGAAACCACUAGUAGAAUUCCGAUGGGGAAGCAGGUUACUCAGAAAAAGGCAGAAUCCCAACCUUCCAAAGGCACUUCUGAUCUGGUCAGCAAGAGUGCAACAGGUAGAACUCUGCCUUCUAUGCUGGUUACAAGGAACAUAGAGACAACCCCAGCCAAACCAAGACAAAAGCAACUUUUCUGUACCUACGAAGAUCAUAUUGUGUGGGAAGGUUUUGACGAGCGCAUUGUGCCACUUGGGAAGAGCUGUCUCUUAUGCGAUGGUGAUCUAGCAAAUAAACCAGUAAAUAGUCCAGAUAUAGAGCGUCUUAACCCUUCGGAGAAUGCUGUUCUUUCUUGUGGUCAUGUCUAUCAUAGCCUGUGCUUGCAGUUCGUCACAUCAGAAGAGAAGUCUAGAGAUCCUCCUUGCAUAAUAUGUGCCAGUAUUUUGUCUUAAAGCCUCUAUAUUUUUUCAUUCUCUUAAAAUCUUCUCAUUUUUUGUACUACAUUCUUUGGCUGUUUUACCAGAGUAGGAAAGUCGAACGAAAACCGAAUACAAGUGGGAACUGUUGAUAACUUCAUGAACCAUAAAUUUUAUGCAAUUGUAAGAAGCAUGGAAUAGAAAAACUUACUUCAUAAACUUCCUGUAUAUGUAUCGCUAUACUUGUACAAGUAAGGAUUGCUGAACUUACUUUGUGACAGUUUAUCACAUUGAUAUAUGGCUGAAUCAUAUAUUAAUUUCCUUCACAAAAUCUCCCUUUUCCUUACUUUUCUUAUUUUUAUCUUAUCCCAUGCACUGUGAGAACACGAAUUUCAACAAUACCAUGGAGGAAAAGGUUACCGGGCGUUUUUUACAGUAACAAAUUGGAAUGAGGGGCGUGUUCACUUUCCUCUGUACAUCCACGUUUAAGUUCCCACUAGCAUAGCUUUUCACGUAUUAUUCCCCUUCCCAGUCAUAAUCAGAAGAUGCUUCCGGAGCCGGCUUUUCUUCCAUGUGGUCAUGCCUUUCACAGCAUGUUACAUCCUAAAAAGCAGCCGAAAGAUCCUCCACACCUUCUAGUGACGUGCAAAUGUUUUGGGGUAUAUGUAGUUCGUCCUCUAAAGUUCUUUCCAUUGACCUCUCAUUCAUUUUGUUCAUUCUCUCAAAAUCUUGGCAAUCAAGGGAAGUGAUUGCAAAUCAAAUAGUAAAUGGAACUGCUUGAAUUUUCUUUCAUCAAGAAUAUAUGCAAUGGAAAAGACUAAAAGUUGCCCCCACCAACGCUCAAACAAGUUUGUAUUGCUGAAAAUGCUUGAACUGUCUUGUAUCAGAACUUUUCAAUAUCCAUAGUUGAAGUAACUUCAUCCCUCACACAAGUUUUACUUGUCUAUCUUUCCCCUUGGAACAGAGUGCGGUUGGGUGGCUAGAAGGAAUUGAGAACACCUUACCGUAUCCGAACUGCUAUAAGAAAGCAAGUCUUAUCACUGUCAUUAAUUACUAAGCAAGGCUUAUCACUAGCAUUAAUUACAAACCCUUUGUUUUCUGAAAGGCUCGUUAAUUACAUUAAUUACAAACCUCAUGCGGGUGGUUAUGACUCUUUGAUUGGUUGCCCGCAAAAAUUAGAAAUACGAAACAUCUAUCAACAGGAUUCAGCAAAAUAUCCACGGGAACCAACGUCACCAAACAGCAAAAUGGAAACUCGCCCCAAUCCCAUCAUGUCAAAAUAUCCAACUUACAAUCAAGAGCCAAAAACAAUUGACCAAUUUCCACAGUGUAUGAUAAGAACAGAGAACUUGCAAGGAUCAAUUACAAUUUACUUACAAAUUAAAAUAGAAACAACAAUCUGCUCCAGAUAUUACAUCAAACAAUUUUGCUAAAACUCCUAAAGAUUUUUACAUGGGAUUUACUAGAAUUCUUCAUCAAAAGAAUUUUCCAAAUCCUGAUAAAUCCCAUUGUCGAAGCAUCCCACGACAUACAUUUGAUAUAAUAGACAACCUUCAGCUUUGCAACUAACAUGAGAGAGAUUGGGAAAUUCAUCAUUUUCCAAAAGGUCGAUAAA